AUGUGCUUGUCAGGUACUGAUUUGACCGAGAGAUUCUCUGAUCAAUUUAAUCCAAUGCUUGUUGGUCAAAACAUGCCUUGGUCAUCCUUAGAUAGCACAGUUAUCCGGAUGCCUCUAUCAUUGGAAUGCAUGAAGGAUGGCCUUGACGAUGGUUUUAAUAGAAUAAAGCAGAUAUUUGACCGAUUUUUGAAGCAUUCGAGUACAGCUCUUCUUUUCCUCAAGUCAAUUUUACAGGUAUCUCUUUCAACAUGGGAGGAAGGAAAUAAGCACCCCUGUCAGGAUUAUUCAUUUUUUAUUGAUCCAUCAUCUGCUGUUUUGAGGAAUCCUUUCUCAGAAAAGAAGUGGAGAAAGUUUCAGAUAUCAAGGCUCUUUAGUAGCUCAAGUGCUGCCAUUAAAAUGCACACUAUAGAUGUGAACAUGUUUCACAAAGGAACUAUGGUUGUUGACAAAUGGCUUGUUGUCCUUUGCCUAGGAUCUGGUCAAUCAAGAAAUAUGGCCCUUGAUAGUCAAUAUCUGGCAUACAAUUUAACUCCAGUUGCUGGAGUUGCAGCACACAUCUCCCGGAAUGGACAGCCUACCAGUGCUCUUUCAUCAACCUGCAUUUUAUCUCCCCUUCCUCUUUCUGGGGAUCUACCAAUACCUGUCACUGUUAUUGGAUGCUUCCUUGUGUGUCACAAUGGGGGUCGCUACCUAUUCAAAUACCAAGACAUGAUAACUUCUACUGAGGCACAGGCCGCACAGCGUGAUGCUGUAUAUCAGUUAAUAAAGGCCUGGAACCGUGAACUUAUGUCUUGUGUUCGUGAUUCUUAUAUCGAAAUGGUGUUGGAAAUCCAAAAGCUAAGAAGGGACCCCUCCAAUUCAUCUAUUGAGUCAGCUUCAGUACGUUCAGUUAGUCUAAUUUUACAGGCUUAUUCGGAUCGAAUUUAUCUGUUCUGGCCAAGGUCUAAUCAGCAUUUAUCCAAUCAACGUGGUGAUGCAAGUAAUCCAAGCUUGCUGAUAAUGUUCAAAGCAGAUUGGGAAUGCAUAAUUAGUCUAGUAAUAAGACCUUUUUAUAUACGUCUUGUUCACCUUCCUGUAUGGCAACUUUACUCUGGAAACUUGGUCAAGGCAGAAGAAGGUAUGUUUCUUGCACAACCUGGGAAUGGAGUGGGUGAUAGCGUGCCACCUGGUGCAGUUUGUGGCUUCAUCAAGGAACAUUAUCCUGUGUUUUCAGUACCCUGGGAAUUAGUGACUGAAAUUCAGGCUGUUGGGGUUGCAGUUAGAGAAAUCAGACCAAAGAUGGUGAGGGAUCUUCUCAGAGCUUCUUCGUCUUCUAUUGUGCUUCGGUCAGUUGAAACUUAUAUAGAUGUUCUUGAGUACUCUUUGGCUGAUAUUAAGCUUCAGGAGUCCUCUACUUCAUCCAAUAUUGAUGUAUCACUGGAGCACAAUACCUUGGAUUCUGUUGGAGGGAGUAUACAAGAGAGUAGCAUGGUAGCUUCUGCAUCAAAUCUGAACAUGCGUGAACCUCGUUGGUUGUCUACACACAGUCCUGCAAGUUCAGGAGCAGAUGCACUGGAAGUUGUGACAAAUUUUGGGAAGGCUUUAUUUGAUUUUGGCCGGGGAGUUGUUGAAGAUUUUGGUAUUUCAGGAGUUCCCAUGGUUCAGAAAAACUUCGUUUCAGGUAAUGGUAGUGGUAGUGGUAGUGGAAAUGCUGACCAGAAGUUUCUGAAUAUAGCUGCUGAACUCAAAGGCUUACCAUGUCCAACUGCUACAAGGCAUCUAGCAAGGUUGGGUGUCACUGAACUUUGGAUUGCAAACAAGGAGCAGCAGAAACUGAUGCUUCCACUUGCAGCAAAAUUUGUCCACCCAAAAUGCUUGGGAAGACCAAUCUUGGAUGAAAUAUUUUCCAACCAAACCAUUCAAAGGUUGAUGAAAUUGCAAAUUUUCUCCCCUUACUUAUUGGCAAGUCACAUGAAGUUACUUUUUAGUGAGCAUUGGGUAAAUCAUGUAAUGAAUGUGCAUAAGGCUCCAUGGUUUUCAUGGGAGAGCAGUACAGAUUCAAGUGGUGAGGGAGGACCUUCUCCUGAAUGGGUAAGACUAUUUUGGAAAAAUCUUAGUGAAUCGUCAGGAGAUCUCUCACUUUUCUCUGAUUGGCCCAUCAUUCCUGCUUUUCUAGGUAGACCAGUAUUAUGCCGCGUGAGGGAACAUAGCAUGGUGUUUAUACCACCAGUUUUUCUUGGUUCAACUACCUUAAAUGUUGCCACAGAGUCGACUAGUGAGGGACCUGACAUGACAGAUUCAUCCGAGUCUGAGCUUGUCCAGUCCUAUGUUUUAGCAUUUGAAGUAGUCAAAUCAAGACACCCUUCAUUAUUGUCAUUACUGAACCAGUGCAAUAUACCGGCAUAUGAUACAGCUUUCCUGGAGUGUGCUGCUCCAAGUCAUUGUUUGCCCAUGCCCAGCCAAUCACUAGGGCAGGUGAUUGCUUCCAAGCUUCUGGCAGCCAAACAAGCUGGCUAUUUCUCUGAACCUGCUUCUUUCACAGAAGCAGAUCGUGAUUAUCUGUUUACCUUGUUUGCUUCAGAUUUCAAUUCCUCCAGUGGCACUCCUUACAAAAGAGAAGAGCUUGAUGUUUUGCGAGAUCUACCUAUAUACAAAACUGUUGUGGGCUCGUACACCAAAUUGUAUAGCCAAAAUCAGUGUAUUAUCUCUAAAGAUUCGUUCUUUCAGCCACAUGAUGAACAUUGCCUUUUCUAUACCAGAGACUUGGGUGGAAAUAUGCUGUUCCGUGCCCUUGAUGUCCCUGAAUUGCAUGAUCAAGAGAUAUUGGUGAGAUUUGCAUUGCCUGGUUUUGAAAAUAAAGCCCAGUCAGAACAGGAGGAUAUAUUAAUAUAUCUGUAUGUAAAUUGGAAAGAUCUCCAGCUUGAUCCUUCUGUGGUUGGUGUAUUGAAGGAGACUAAAUUUGUAAGGAAUGCUGAUGAACUGUGUUUAGAAUUGCUUAAACCACAGGAUUUAUUUGAUCCUGGUGAUUCUUUACUGACUUUAGUAUUCUCUGGAGAGAAAAGGAAAUUUCCUGGUGAGAGGUUUAGUACAGAUGGGUGGCUUCACAUUUUAAGAAAAACAGGUCUUCGAACAGCAGCUGAAGCAGAUGCUAUAGUUGAAUGCGCGAGGAAGGUAGAAUCACUUGGGGGUGAAUGCAUGAAGUCUAUAGAGAAUGCUGAUGAAUUUGAUGCAGACUUCUCUUCUCAGAAUGAAAUUCCCUUUGAAAUAUGGUCACUAGCUGGAGCUGUCCUGGAUGCUAUAUUUUCGAACUUUGCUGUUUUCUAUAGCAAUAAUUUCUGCAAUACUCUUAGCAACAUUGCAUUUAUACCAGCUGAAAAAGGUUUUCCAAGUAUUGGCGGUAAGAAAGGGGGCAAAAGAGUGCUAUCCACAUAUAAUGAAGCUAUUCUAUUGAAGGAUUGGCCCCUAGCCUGGAGUUGUGCUCCUAUUCUUUCCAGACAGAAUGUUGUUCCACCUGAAUAUUCUUGGGGAGCAUUCCACUUGAGGAGCCCUCCAGUUUUCUCCAGAGUCUUAAAACAUUUACAGGUUGUAGGAAGAAAUUGUGGUGAAGACACACUUGCUCAUUGGCCAAUGUCACCAGGCAUGAUGACCAUAGAAGGAGCCUCUUGUGAGGUCUUGAAGUAUCUUGAUAAGAUUUGGGGUUCUCUUUCAGCUUCAGAUAUAUUGGAGUUGCGUAAAGUGGCCUUCAUGCCUGUUGCGAAUGGAACUCGCUUGGUGACUGCAAAUUGUCUUUUUGUGCGUCUGACGGUCAACCUGUCACCAUUUGCCUUUGAGCUUCCUACGAUUUAUCUCCCUUUUGUAAAGAUUCUCAAGGACUUGGGGCUGCAAGAUGUGCUUUCAGUUUCCUGUGCAAAGGACCUUCUGAUGAAUCUCCAGAAAGCAUGCGGUUACCAGCGACUAAAUCCAAACGAACUUCGUGCUGUUAUGGAGAUUUUGCACUUUAUCUGCAAUGGGUCUGUUCAGGACAACGAGUCAGAUGGUUCCUGCUCAGAUGUCAUAAUCCCAGAUGAUGGCUGCAGACUUGUUCUGGCAAGUUCAUGUGUGUACAUUGAUCCUCAUGGUUCACGGUAUCUCAGGUCCAUAGACACUUCAAGGCUGAGAUUUGUGCACCCAUAUCUGUCAGAGGGAAUAUGUAUAGCAUUGGGUAUUAGAAAGCUCUCUGAAGUGGUUGUGGAGGAACUAAAUCAUGGACAGAAAUUACAGUUUCUAGAUGAAAUUGAUUCAAUACCACUGUCAAUGGUCAGACAAAAGCUGUCCAGCAGAUCAUUUCAGCUUGCUGUGUGGACUGUUCUCAAUAGCAUAAACAGUUGCACUCCUGCAUCUGGACAACUUUCUUUGGAGCAGAUAGAAAGUUCACUCAAGCACAUUGCAGAUAAGUUGCAGUUUGUGCGUUGUCUCCGCACCUCAUUUAUGCUACUUCCUAAGCAUUUAGACAUCACCCGUGCAACAAAGCAGUCCAUUUUACCUGAAUGGGAGGAUGGAUCUGGACACAGGACUCUUCAUUUUGUUGACCAAUCGAAGAACUGUAUUUUAGUUGCUGAACCUCCUAACUAUAUUUCAGUUUUGGAUGUUAUCUCCUUCAUUGUGAGCCAGGUAUUGGGUUCCAUAACCCCAUUACCUAUUGGGCCAUUGUUUUCUUGCCCUGAAGAUUUAGAGGAAGUGGUCAUUAGUACGCUGAGACUUGGGUCUGAGAGAGAACUGGGGACUAUAGGUGGAAGUGAUCGUUUGUUAGGCAAAGACCUUCUACCGCAGGAUGCUCUUCAGGUGCAGUUUCAUCCACUGAGACCUUUUUAUGCUGGGGAGAUGGUGGCUUGGAGGACAGGAAAGAACGGAGAGAAGUUGAAGUAUGGUAGAGUUCCACUGGAUGUAAGGCCAUCUGCAGGUCAAGCACUCUACAGGUUGAAAGUGGAAACAGCACCAGGGAUCUCUGAGCCUCUUCUCUCUUCUGAGGUUUUCUCGUUCAGAGCCAUCUCAACAGUCAGUGAGGCUUCUCCUUCGACUUUGCCAGAAGGUGGGCACACAGAAACGUCAAGCCAAAUGCAUGUCCCAGUGCGUGAAAUUGCUGGAAAUGGAAAUAGUGAGCUCCCCAAGAUGCAGGGAGCCAAGGAGUUUUAUUAUGGCCGUGUGUCACCAGCAGAACUGGUGAAUGCAGUUCAUGAUAUGCUUUCUGCAGCUGGGAUCGAUAUGGAUGUGGAGAAGCAGUCAUUGCUACAAACAACCUUGACCCUUCAGGAACAGAUCAAAGAAUCUCAGGCUGCUCUGCUACUCGAGCAGGAGAAGGCUGAUAUGGCGGCAAAAGAAGCUGAGACAGCAAAAGCAGCUUGGGUGUGUCGGGUCUGUUUAAGUGCUGAAGUCAAUGUAACAAUAGUUCCUUGUGGUCAUGUACUCUGUCGUCGAUGUUCCUCUGCUGUUUCUAGGUGUCCCUUCUGUCGGACACAGGCUUCUAGAACUAUGAAAAUUUUCAGGCCAUAAAGUCUUGGGGGUUCUCAUAGGGUGAUUUGGUUGGAUAGUAUUUGAGAGAUACUUCAGAAAUUACUGUGCAGAAAGGAUCAAAUCAACAUAAAGGUGUCAAAAUUUUCUUGUCUGCUUGAUACAAGUGGGUUGCUACCAUUUUGCGACCACCACUUACUCAGCAUUGCUACCAGCAUGUACAUACCUCCUCAAUUUGUUACACUGUCAAUAACAUUCCCAUUUGGACCUGGUACAGGUUUUUUGAAUUCAAGUUUUCAAGCCUCAAUUUAAUCUAACUUUGAGGUUGGACCUA